ACGAAUUUCGAAACCCAAAACCAUUGCUCACAAAACUUUGGCGCAAUGCGCAACACUACGCGUUCCUUUUUCAAAUUUUAUUUUUCUUUUUAAAAUGUGAUUUAAGUAGGUUUAUUAUUACAAAAGUAAAGUUUAGGUUAAGUUUUCGUUGGUAACGAUGAGUUAUCCGUAUUUUUCGUAUAGGAGGCCGAAAAUGGAUUAUGGAUUGAAGAGAGUUCCAGAUUAUACAGAGCUGGCUUAUAAGGAGGCUGUGUCGAAGCUGAGAUAUUUCUUAACUGGGAAUUAUGCACCUAGUAUCCGCAGCUACGGCGGUUCGGCCUCCAUCAAGAACCUGGACGAGUCCGACGGGGACCUGGACAAGAAGUACUUGCUGGACAAACCUCGGCCUCGCCUGACCGCCAAAUAUGCGACGUUGUAUGCUGAUAGUCUUAACUAUACGCCGCAUACAGGAAAAUCGAUUCCGAUACCUCCAGCGACCGCUCCAACGGACCUCACCGGUGGGACCAAUCCGGACGUGGUCAACUUCAUCCAGAAGCAAGAAGAGUACAUCGAGCAGUUGGAGCGAGAGAGCCAAUACUGCAGGGACGAGUUAAACAACCUCCUCGGCAAGGUGAAAGAAGUGAUAUCCGAAAACGAGCAUCUCCACGAAGCUCAGAAGAACAAGUUAAUUUCGCGCAUGUUCACUUCUCACGGAUCCGAGACCGACGAUCUAGAUGAUGUAGGGGAUAGCACCGGGCUGGACAGCGAUCAUAAGGCCACGAUAACCAAGACACGCAAGCCGAAGACUCGAACUACGAGACUCGAAGGACCGAAUAUAGUCUUCGAAUCACGCAUCUCGGAGUUGGAGGCGCAGUUGGCGCAGUCGAAAAUCGACCUUAAGAAGGUUCAGGAUGAAAAUAACGAAAAUAAGCGUAAGCUUGCCUCUGGGCUCGUUGACUCAACUUGCCUUGACGGCUUUAAGCGGCAGAUCGACAAUUUGCAAAGAGACAAAUCCUCCCUGGAGUCCCAGAUCACCAAGCUGAAGAACAGUCUGGAACAACGGGACGGCGAUCUGGACGGGCGAUACAAGCGGAAUGACGUCAUCGAACACCAACUCCGGGAUGAGAGGAAUAAUUUGGAGAACGAAGUCCGCAGACUGAAGGAGGAUCUUGCAUCAGAACGCGCCAAAAUCCGAGAGUUGGUCGGCGAAGGAUCCCGCCGCGCCAUACAAGAGCGUUCAGCCGCGGAGCAGCGGUACAACGCACAUUGCGACUCGCUUCAGCAUGAACUCGCUGCGCAGUACGACAGUGUGGCGAAAUUGCAGUUGGACCUGGAGCGUCAGCGUCGUGAAGAGAACGAGUUGAAGCGAGAACUGUCCAUGAAGACCUCAGCCAUCGAGGAGUUGAAGAUGGAACUGAAGAGCAAGACAGCAUCGCUUCAAGCCGACUUAACUCAAGCUCACGCUGAAAAGGCCUCUAUGGAAGAGGAACUGGCAUCAGCUCGCCUGGCCAUCGAACGUCACCAACGCCAGGCGAAGCACGAGACCAAUCGGCUCAACUCGGAGAUCCAGUCGCUUCGUCAACGCCUGGACCGCGCGGAUGCGGACUUGGUGCACUCACGACGAGAAAAUCUACGCCUCACCGAGCAGAUUGCUACUCUAGAGAAGGAGCUAAACAUGAAGAAUUUAACUCCAAAUUCUCCUGAGAAGAAGAAGAAAGAAAAAGAGAUGUCCUCAAUGUUGGAAUCGAUUGAGAAUAAACACGCAAAAACGGUUGCCGAGUUGGAGUCCAUGAUACAUUCACAAAACAGUCUGAUGGAGAAACUCACCGGAGAAUGUCGUUUGCUCACAGACAAGCUAGACGACGCAAACCGUAGGCACAAGAACGCAGAGCUUAUGAGAAAACUGCGUAACCUGUGGUCUUCCCAUAAGAAAUACUGCACAACUACCGUCGCACGAAGUUACACGCCUUUAAGCGGCUACCCCAAUAGCUCAUUUGACUUAGACCGCACUUAUUAUACUUCGACACCGUAUAGGAAUAGAUUUAGAAGAUAUGACGAAGGAGCGCUAACUAGACAAUUUAGCGAUCUAUCUAUUGAUAGAUUAGAUUCUGAUGAUGAUCCUGUUAAGCACCAGCCACGCACCUACCCUCAACCGACCGAAAUGCACCUCCCGCCGCCGGUGGCCGACCAGACCAUCCCCGAGCUGACCCCGCCGGACACCCCGACCAGCCAGACUUCAGACCAGACACCAGAGACCACAGACCUCUGAGCAAACAGGCUUCUAGAACAUCCAUUACUUACCAAGAACCAGAACACACCAACCGACCAGACAAAAGACUAGCAGAUGAA